ACUAGCUAUGCGGGCUGCUCUGUCUACAUCAGAUUAAUUUAGAAGUAAUUGCCACGAUUUGAUUUUCAUUCUGAAUAAAAGUGUUGAUCGUAGAGUGUCGUUCGCCGUGAUCUUAACACGUUCGUUGUGCAAAUCCAGGCGCAACAGGUGCAAACGCAGUGAAAGCAUUGGAGAAAUAGACAGAAAGAGAUAACCGAGAUGCCACCCGUGCAAGUUCAGGCAAUCAACAUGUCGCUGGGUGCAAUGCAUUGCACGCGUUGCUCCGACGGAUUCGAGCCUACCGAGAAGAUCGUCAAUUCCAAUGGGGAGCUCUGGCACACACAGUGUUUUGUUUGCGCCCAGUGUUUCCGUCCCUUCCAGGAUGGCAUAUUCUACGAAUUUGAAGGACGCAAGUAUUGCGAACGUGACUUCCAUGUACUAUUCGCACCAUGUUGCAAUAAGUGCGGCGAGUUUGUCAUCGGCCGGGUGAUUAAGGCCAUGUCCGCCAGCUGGCAUCCGCAGUGUUUCCGUUGCCAGUUGUGUGCCAAGGAGUUGGCUGAUUGUGGAUUCAUCAAGAAUCAGAACCGAGCCCUGUGUCACGAGUGCAAUGCUAAGGUGAAGGCUGAAAUCACCGGCCGAUAUGUAUGCCAGAAAUGCCACGGCCUCAUCGACGAGGAACCUUUGCGUUUCCGCGGAGAAGUCUAUCAUGGCUAUCACUUUAGUUGCACCGCCUGUGGAACCGAACUGGAUUCCACGGCAAGAGAGGUGAAGAGUCGCCCUGGAUUGGCUGCCAACGAUAUGAAUGAACUGUAUUGUCUUCGCUGCCACGAUAAGAUGGGCAUUCCCAUUUGUGGAGCCUGUCGUCGGCCAAUCGAGGAGCGUGUGGUGACGGCGCUGGGAAAACACUGGCACGUUGAGCAUUUUGUCUGUGCCAAGUGCGAAAAGCCGUUCCUGGGUCACCGGCACUACGAGAAACGCGGUCUAGCCUACUGUGAAACCCACUAUCACCAGCUUUUCGGCAAUCUGUGCUUUGUUUGCAACCAGGUCAUUGGCGGAGAUGUAUUCACGGCCCUCAACAAAGCCUGGUGUGUACAUCACUUUGCCUGUUCCGUAUGCGAUACGAAAAUGACGCAAAAGUCCAAGUUCUACGAGUACGACGAGAAACCGGUGUGCAAAAAGUGCUACGAGAGGUUCCCUAACGAACUUCGUCGUCGCUUGCGCACUGCCCACGAGAUGACCAUGAAGAAGAACAUCUAAAAAUCUGGGAAAUCUUCCACGCCAAUCAGUGCCUUUUGUCUUUGUAGUCCUGCUGACCCUCCCGUUUUUAACAUUCGAGAGCUUUAAUCGCUUGUCUUGUGGAACACUAAAAACCAUUGUGCGUGUCUUUUCAAUCGUUUUUAACAAUGUAUGUAAUUUAUUAUUUGAAAAUCAACGGCAGCUAAUAUCUAGGAAACGAAUAAGAAUUUUGUAUUAACAGCCUUUAACGUUGUUAUUUAAUUGAAAUAUAUUUAUACGUAAAUGUUUUUGAAAUGAAAAA